AGAGGAAUAGUAAAAUAUGAAAGGCUUAUAUCAACAAUGGCCCAAAGUUUGGUUCUCUACAAAAAGAUAAAAUAAAAUUACUAGGUGUAUUAUUCAACAAAAAAAGAUAAGCUAAGAAAUCAAGAUUUCAGAUCUAAUCAAGCAUUUUUGAAAACCAACAUUCCACCUCACUGUCAUCUUCAUCUUCCUUAUUCAUGCAUCUUUUUUAUUUUCCUCAAAUUUAUCAUAAUGUUUUUGACAUGAUUGGUUACAUGUUAGGUGUACCUUUUUUUUUGUGUCUAAACCUAUAAAUGUCUUAAUUUAUAAGGCAUUAGAAGACAAACCCACUUCAAAAAUAUUAAUUUCUUGGAUUUUGGCUCCACUUGAAGUAAUUUCUAGUGUAAAUUUCCUAAAAGAGAUCUGGUUAUUGUUUCAAAAUCAUUUUUUCCACGUGGGGUUCUUAAAUCUUGAUGAAAUAUAGAGAUCUAAGGUAUAAAGAUUCAUUUUUUCAUCAAUUUUCUUGGAUUUGGAGCUCAAAGUUAGCAUUUUUGAACUCCAAAGGAUAAUUGUGGUGUUCUUGUUGUUGGAAAUCUUACGGAAAAUACUUCAUCUCGAACACUUGUAUGGUACUUUUGAGAUAUUAAACAUAUUUUGCCUACACUUGUUUCUUUAGUGGUAAUGGUUAAAUCAUCAAUGAGCAGAAUGCUAGCAGGAAAUGGUUUGUUUUAUCCAAUUAUUGGAUUUGCAUCAUUUAUUGCUUUUCUGUAUUUGUCAUUUGGGGACUUAUGGGUGAAUUAUAAUAAGGAGAUAAACUUAAGUUUUGUUGAGAGGAAUGGAACUCAGUUCUUUGUUGAUGGUAAAGUUUUUUAUAUCAAUGGAUGGAAUUCUUACUGGUUAAUGGAUCAUGCUGCUGAUUAUAGUACUCGACCGCGAAUUCGAACAAUGCUUCAGGCUGGUGCUAAGAUGGGACUUACUGUUUGUAGAACUUGGGCUUUUAAUGAUGCUGGUUACAAUGCUUUGCAGAUUUCACCUGGAAAAUUUGAUGAGAAAGUGUUUAGGGCGUUAGAUCAUGUUAUUGCAGAAGCCAGAAGAAAUGGAAUCAGGCUGAUACUGAGCUUGGUUAACAAUCUGCAAGCAUAUGGUGGGAAGACUCAGUAUGUAAAGUGGGCAUGGGAGGAAGGUGUUGCUUUGAGCUCUUCCAAUGAUUCAUUCUUCUAUGAUCCAUCCAUUCGCCGUUAUUUCAAAAAUUAUGUCAAGACAGUAUUAACAAGGAGGAACAUAUACACCGGUAUCGAGUACAGGGAUGAUCCAACCAUCUUUGCAUGGGAGCUAAUUAAUGAACCUCGCUGCAUGACCGAUCCUUCUGGUGAUACACUGCAGGACUGGAUAGAAGAGAUGUCAACAUUCGUGAAAUCAAUUGACAGGAAACAUCUGCUAACAGUGGGUCUUGAAGGAUUCUAUGGUCCUAAAAGUCCCAAAAGGACAACUGCCAAUCCAGAAAUUUGGGCUGCUGAUCUUGGAUCUGAUUUUAUCCGCAACUCUAUACUCUCAACUGUUGAUUUUGCCUCUGUACAUGUGUACCCAGACCAUUGGUUUCACCACAAAAACUUUGACGAAAUGUUGAAAUUUGCGGCCAAAUGGAUGCUGUCUCACAUUGAAGACGGUGACAGGGAACUGAAAAAGCCUGUCUUGUUCACUGAAUUUGGUUUGUCAAAUGAUAACGAUGAUUUUGAACCAGCUCAACGGGAUAAAUUCCUCAAAAUGGUUCUUGAUGUCGUAUACAAGUCUGCUAAAAGAAAUAGAUCUGGAGCAGGAUCAUUCUUCUGGCAGUUCCUGGUUGAAAAAAUGGAACGGUUCAAUGACGAAUAUGGAAUUGUUCCAUGGGAGAGUACAUCAACAUAUCGAUUAAUUACAGAACAGUCGUGCAGACUGGCCAAAGUACAGGGAUUACUGUCUACACAAAUCGAACACGUAAAGAAUUUUUGUUCCACGAAGAACUAAGAAACGUUGAUUUGAUUUUGGAAAAGAAAGAAUACAUAUUAUGAUAUAACUCCAGCAUCAUUUUUUCCUUACUGAAAUUCAUUUUAAGGGAAGAACUGUAGGAUAUAGGUUUACUCCUUUGUAUCAUUUCUCACGUUAUAGAUGUGUACAAUUUUCAUCAAAUGAAACUUAUGCAGAUUAUUCCUUCA